CAGUUCAGAACCUUUCUAACUUGACUGUGGUGGUGUUUGUGCGGGUGCUGGACGCGGUGGAUAGCAGUCAGAUAGAAAUCUAUAAAGAUGGCCUCGGCAACAGCAACCUACGGGCAGAAGGAGUCUUCGGACCAAAACUUCGACUACAUGUUCAAGAUCCUCAUCAUCGGAAACAGCAGCGUGGGCAAAACCUCCUUCUUGUUCCGCUACGCCGAUGAUUCCUUCACACCAGCCUUUGUCAGCACCGUGGGCAUCGACUUCAAGGUGAAGACCAUCUACAGGAACGACAAGAGGAUCAAAUUACAGAUCUGGGACACGGCGGGUCAGGAGCGUUACCGCACCAUCACCACGGCUUACUACCGAGGAGCCAUGGGCUUCAUCCUCAUGUACGACAUCACCAACGAGGAGUCCUUCAACGCCGUCCAGGACUGGUCCACUCAGAUUAAGACGUACUCGUGGGACAACGCCCAGGUGUUGCUGGUAGGAAACAAGUGUGACAUGGAGGACGAGCGAGUGGUGGGCGGAGAUAGAGGCCGGCAGCUGUCGGAACACCUCGGUUUUGAGUUCUUCGAGGCCAGUGCCAAGGACAACAUCAACGUGAAGCAGACCUUCGAGCGCCUGGUCGACAUCAUCUGUGAAAAGAUGUCUGAGAGCCUGGACGCCGGAGAUCCCGCUGUCACAGGGGCCAAACAGGGGCCCCAGCUGACAGAGCAGCCCGCUCCACCUCACCAGGACUGUGCAUGUUAAAGCUGACUGCUCCCUCCUCCCUCCUCCUCCUCUUCCUUCUUCUACUUCUCCCUCAACUGGAUACCAGGCCCCGGGUCUAUUCUCCAUCACCCUUUUCACUUACUUUCCUGCUUCUCUCUGUAUAUCAUUAAGGGUCGUUGGCUCUUGGUCACAAGAAUCAGGUUGAAAAGUGUCUGAAACGCUCUGAGGUUCUCGUGGACCAGGUGUGUUAGCUUCUGGUUCCUCCGCAUACAGGAGCUAAAAUGUGUGGGGCUGACUUUGGAUCAGUGCUGAACCAGCCUGAUGCCAAAGCAGGUUCAGUUAAACCAGAGUGUUUCAGACCCUUUGCAACCUGUGUUCUUUCAGUUUCCAGACCUGUUGUCCGUUGUCCCCCUGCUCCUCAGUGUGGUUUAAAGGAUUUGACGGCGUCCGUCCUCAGAGUGCCAUUUCAAUCCUUCCCAUGUUUACAGUACUCCGUUUCAUGUCAGUCAAAUGUUUUGAGAAGAUGUCAGCCUUGGGGACCAACGAGGUCACAGUUGAGUUACCUAUAUGUUAGAGGGAUGAUUCAGCUGAAAGCUGCUCCAUACCGACGUGUUAUAUUUCUUAUAUGAUUCUGGAUGCAUAUGGAAUCAUAUAUACAUGGAUCUGUGUUACUUUUUUCCUCAGCUUGCAUCUCAACAUGGAUGCUGCGGGUAUUAGGAAGAGUAGUGUUUAGCUCCGUCUGGCCUUUUAUUUUUUUUUACUUUUCUUCAGCAAACUUUUUUUGUAUUCUGAUGCCCCGGUUUAUUAUUUUAAAAUAUGAACAAGAUAUAGCUAGGUAAAAAUAGUGAAACAUGAAGACGCAUUUUAUUUAAUUAUAUUUAUUUCAAAUGUACAUAUUAAUGUUGUGCAAUAUAUAUAUAUAAAUAUAUAAUAUCUACAGGUAUGCAUUUCUGAAAAUGAAUUUGAGAAGGAAUGAACUUCAAUGAGGAUAGUAUCAAAUAUAAAAAAGGUAUAUGUUGUAGGGUUUGUUUGAAAGAUGUGUGUGGAUUGCGUCUUUUCCCUGUGGGUUUGAUCUCCUGCUGCUCUCCAGGGAGGUUGCUAAGUCAGAAAUUCAAACUUCCUUCUGAGCAAAAUGUGGUGGAGCGGCGCUUUGAGUGUGAAUUACAAGUCACACGACAUGUUUGUCAUCCUCCAAAUCCACUUCAGUGGGAUUUCCAGCCCUGCUGCUGAGGAAGUGUAACAUCUUAGCAAGGCUCUAAUAUUAGAGGAGUGAGCCAUGUGGAGAAAUGUUUUGUUGCAUCAUUAAUGUAUUUAUGGGCCAGACUUGGUGAAGGUGACAUCAGGAGUCGUGAGUCUCCUAAAACAGGCAAAGGCAAGUGUUGUUGCAAAUGUUUUGAUUUUACUGUUCCUGAUGUCACAGAUAAUAUAAAGAUUUAAGGGCCUCGUCCUUCACUGGGACACAGCUCACUUGUGCUUGCUAACAAUGCUACAUGCUGCUACAUAUGUGAAAGAAAAUAUCCUGGAUCUGAUCCGGAGCGGCACCAAAAGUAAAUGGGUUCUUCCCUCACCCAUAUUGCAUCCUUCCUUCAAUAUCCGUGGAAACCUGUUCUGUAAUUUUGUGUAAUGCUGCAAAAUAAAUAAAUCAAACAAACACCAAUGAAAAUAUAACCUUCUUGGUGGAAGUAAUUAUUCACACAAGGGGGACGAUUAUCAGACAUUUUAAUGUUGUCUAAAUUGUACUGAAAUGGGUUUGGAGGAUAUAAACAAUGUUGUUUUAUUGGGUAAUAUUUAUGGUAUUUGGCCUUUUAUGUAACAGUUUGAUCCCAGGGAGUGAAAGAAAACACCCAGAGAGAAUAAGCUGGUACAUGAUAAACAAUGUAACCAGAGCUGAGUUGGCUGUUCCACAAAUAUUAGCCCAUUCAGCCACUGGGAUGUGCAGGCUUGGUUUCAACAUCACUAAAUGAACCAGAACCAGAUCAAAAUCGCUUUUAUGAACAACUGCAGUUAACUUGUCUUGCUGAUACUGAGACCUCAAGACCACGGAGAGCAAAGAUGAAACUGACGGCACAGGAGAGGAUGGUUAGAUUCAAGACAGGGAAAAUAAUCUCAAUGUAGCAUAAAUUACAAACACCUGUCUAGAUCCAGAAUAACAGGCGGGAUUUCACAUACACGGCACCUGUUUGGAUUUUGAAUCUUAUUUUGCACUGAAUGGAUUCAGGACUGUUGUACGUGUGCAGUUCAGGUGUCGCGAAUGUUCACUUACAUGUUCUUGAGGGCAAUUGAGAGACAUCAUAUCAUCUCUGGACAUUAGAGAAAUCUGUCAAACUAAAUGAUUGUGAGACGUCUCCAGGAUCAGUAUUACAGAGCAGCUACAUUAGAUACUGGCGUCCUCUUGUGUGGACCUGCAUUUACUCGUCUGUUUGUGUGUAAUGUUAUCUCCACGCGAGUCAUCACAGGAGCAAAAUGUGCAUACUUGUUUUAAUACAGUUUCCAGCAGUUCAAACUGGAUUCCAAGGGUAUUCCUGCGUUUCCCUUUCACCAAAGACCACUGUCGAAGCAGCUCACCGUUGUUGCAGUAGAAUACCAGAAUGAGAGGCGGGAUCCGGGUUUAAACGUUCAGUUGGUAAUAAAACAACAAAAGUGCUGUUUGAUGGAAAUACAAGAACUCUGGUCUUUGAGAAGAUCAUUUUCUGUUGUUGUUACCCACGGCUGGCUAGUGUGCAGUGCAAUUUUGAAUUUGAAUUUGAAUUUUUUUCAUUAACAACGUUGAUAUUCGAGGCAUUACUACCAAUGGAUUGAUGCUCUGGAAGUCAUAAUUAUGGUCAAGCUUAAAUCUGAAUCAGAAAAGUCUAACUAAUGUGAGGUGCAAUUGUCAAGUGUAGCAUAAAAUAAACCUGGAACCACAGAAGGAUAUUAAAGUGUGAGAAAUGAGGCCCCAGACAAAGUGGUGAUUCUAUAGUCGAAUGUGAUUAUUUGGAAAUUUACAAACCUGGGAAAUUAUAUUUCAGAUUUAAAUUUUUUUUCCCUGCUUAUAUUUUUCUUCUUACUGGUUGUGACUGUUUCUUUCCCGGUAAAAUCCAAACUUUUAAAAUCUCAUCCUAUCUAAUAUGUCUUCCUCUCUAUAUACACCCGAUCUGUAAAUAUUGUACCUUUGAGUCUGUGUGUGUGGAUUGUGUUGUAUCAACUCAGGCUGGCAACAUCUACAAAAAAAAAGGAGAGUUAAAAAAAAGCCAGUAAAAAACCUUGAAGCCCCCAAAAGAGCCAUGUUGUACUGUAUAUGCAUUCAUUUCUAUAGGCCUGCUUGUGAAUGAAUGUGUCACUCAGUUACGAAGCAAUACACACACUCUACAGUGUCUGCACUAAAAGAAAUGCCACCCAGCUUGGUAGAGGCUGCCGACGUUAGAUCUUCUACUAGCACGCAGAAACAUAGAACUUUAUUUGGUCUGGUAUCACUGCCUCUUCAAGUCCUCCUCGGUUCGGGCUGUUAAGAUGAGAGAAUCUGCUGUGGAUGUUUUUAUCUGUACUUUGUGGUAAAACAAUAAAAAAAAAAGUUGCUAACAAUCA